AUGGCAAUGCCAAUCGUGAGCGCCGCGGCGGGGGUGAUGAACCCCCUCAUCAGCAAGCUCACCAUGCUGAUGGGAGAUGAGUACAAGAAGCUCAAAGGAGUGAGGAAGGAGGUGGCUUUUCUCAGGGACGAGCUCAGUGCCAUGAAUGCUGCCCUUGAGAAGCUGGAGUUCGUGGAAAAGCUCGAGCCAGAUACCAAGAACUGGAGGGACCAUGUCAGGGAGAUGGCCUACGACAUGGAGAACUGCAUCGAUGACUUCAUGCAGAAUAUUGGAGGUGCCGACGCCAGCGCCAGCUUCAUGAAGAGGACUGCUCGGCGCCUGAAGACAUUGCGUGCGCGUCACCGGAUUGCUGGCCAGAUCCAGGAGCUCAAGGCUCUUGCAGUAGAGGCAAAGGAACGGCAAAUAAGGUACAAGAUUGAUGGUUGUAAUACUAGUUGUGGCACUGUGGAUAUUGAUCCUCGGAUUUCAGCGAUCUACAAAGACGCUGCUGGACUUGUGGGUACUGAUGGCCCAAAGAAGGAGGUUGUCAGUUUGUUGGUAGACACCGACAACAAGCUCAAGGUGGUGUCCAUCGUGGGAUUUGGGGGACUGGGUAAAACUACACUUGCUAAUCAGGUAUAUGACGAUCUUAAAGAGCAGUUUGACUGUAAGGCAUUUAUUCCUGUCUCUCAAAAACCAGACAUGACUCGGCUUCUCAAUAGCCUAAGAUUAAAUCUUGGGAUAAAUGAGUCCUCUGGUAUUUGUGAGGUGCAAGACAUCAUCCGUCAACUUAGAGAACACCUUGCAAACAAGAGGUAUUUUGUUAUUGUCGAUGACUUGUGGGAUCAAGGAGCAUGGGAGAUUAUAAGAUGUGCCUUUCCAGAAAAUGGUAAUGGGAGUAGAGUAAUAGUAACCACACGAGUGGAAGCCGUUGCAAUCUCAGCAUGUUCUUGUCACUGUAAGCACAUUUACAGAAUGAAGCCCCUCAGCACUGAAGAUUCCAGAAGCUUAUUCAUGAAGAGAGUAUUUGGGUCUGAAAACAUGUGCCCGUCUAAUUAUGAAAAAGUUUCAACUGAAAUUCUGAAGAAGUGUGGCGGAUUACCACUUGCAAUUAUUACUAUAGCUAGCCUAUUGGCUUGUCGCCGAGAAAGAUCAAGGAAUGACUGGGAGAACAUACGGAAUUCUCUAGGUGCCCAGUUUGCUACAAACCCCACACUGAAAGAUAUGAGGAGUAUAUUAAACCUCAGCUAUAUGAAUCUUCCUCUUCAUCUCCGCACUUGUUUUCUUUACAUUGGUAUGUAUCCAGAAGACUAUGAGAUAAGGAGGGAUGAUCUAGUUCGAAAAUGGAUAGCCGAAGGCUUUAUCAGUAAUUUGCAUGGACCAAAUUUGGAGGAUGUUGGGAUAAGUUAUUUCAAUGAGCUAGUCAAUAGAAGCUUGAUUCAGCGUGUAAUGACCUACAAGGGAGUUUACUGCAAAGUACAUGAUAUGAUGCUAGAUUUGAUCCUAAGCAAGUGUGCAGAAGACAAUUUUAAUAGUGUGGCAUAUACUUCCGAAGACAUGACAAGACUCUGUAACUGCACGUACAAGAUUCGUCGGCUGUCCCUCAUCUCAAGUGUUGAUAGAAGAAAAAGGGAAACAGUAUCAUGGACAGUUUCAGGUAGCAUAUCGCAAGUUCGGUCAUUUGUGUGGUUCGGAGAUUGCAAGUUCAUACCUCGUCUUUCUCAGUUAAAGUAUAUCCGUGUGUUAUGCUUUGAACAAGAUUUAUAUGCGGAUUCAGAUCCCAAUUCAUGUCUCGACCUCACUGCUGUCAGCCAAUUGUUUCAUCUGAGGUAUUUGAGGGUUUCAGAGUAUGUGUAUGCAGAGCUUCCUGCUGAAAUUAAGGGGCUUGUGCAUUUGGAUACGUUGGAUGUCACGAAUGGAAGCAUCCCGUCAGACAUGGUGCACUUGCCCCGCUUGUCCUAUCUCAUAAUGAGUCGUUUUGACGGGCUACCUGAAAGGAUCGGGCUUAUGGAAUCUCUCCGCACACUAGAUGGUUUCGAACUGGUGGACAGCUCGCUGGAGGCUAUUAAGGGCCUCGGCAAGCUGACUAAUCUGAGAAACCUGACCCUUGUUAUGGGUGCAGAGUGCAGCACUUGCAAUCUGGAGAAGGCGAAGUGUGAUGCUUUGGCCUCUUCUAUUUGUAAGCUACGCAACCUCAAAUAUCUCGGGAUCACAGGCAUGAUUGAUGAUAAUUAUGACGUUCUAGGCUCAAUUUCAGAUCCUCCUGCCCUUAUCGAGGAAAUGUGCGUUGACAUGUGGGCGUUCUUGAGAGUUCCUAAAUGGAUCGGUGAUCUCCAUUGCCUGCAUACCCUGCAAUUACGUGUCAGGGAGAUGAAAAAUGAUGGGAUAACUAUUCUUGGAGAACUGCCAUCCCUCGUCGACCUCAGCCUUUCCUUUGAUAAAUGCUUUAAAGAAGAGGCUGUAAUCUUCGGCAAGGGCUUAUUCCAAGUUCUCGAGCGUCUUGGCUUCUACUCUAGGGAAGGUAUUACAACACAUGUGGGUUUCGAGGCAGGAGCUGUGCCCAAGCUACGAAAGCUCGAUCUGAAAGUCGACUGGCCACAGUGGGGCGGAGCUACACCAGUCGGCAUGGAGCACCUCUUGGAGCUCCAGCAAAUACGUUUAAUUGUAUCCCGCAUCAAGAAGGAAUCUUUUGAACAAGUGAAGCUCGUAGUCCAGUCUGCAUUUGGUAACGCCCUGCAACUGCUGCCAAGGCGUCCUUCGUUGGAUAUUGAAUGUUACUCCUGGUGA